AUGAGAGUAGUUCCCAUUGUUAGCCCCGGUCGGGUUCAGAAGAGUAUGCGAAACCCAAGGAAACGACCAGCGCCCGAUCAUCUGCAUCCUCCUCCGCAACCCUGCAAGAAGGCAUCGCCCGAACGGAGUAUUGAUCCCGAGAUAAAAGGACGCAUAGACCAGAGAAUAAGCGAAUACAACACUCGAAUCAAAACGGACCCUCAGAGUGAGCACUAUCAUCACGAUCCCCGAGAAGAGUCUUCGCCUGGUGCAGAAGCCUACAAGCCCGAAUUCAAAAUUACUGAAGAGGGCUGCUUGCAGAUUCUACGGAAGCUUAUCACAAUCGUGAAGCAAGAUGAACACUCUGAGCUAGCCGUGGGACUUCAAUCAAGGACACAAGAGGCUCUGCAUAAUUACCGAGGUAUUUCCGAGAACGUAGCAGUUGUGGGCAAGACGGGACAAGGAAAAUCAAGCUUGAUAGAAGCCCUGCUAGGCGUGCCCGUGAUCACGAAAAUAGGAUCCAGUGGCGAAGCUGUUACCCGUGUACUGAUCAUAUACUCAUCCAUGCGCGCGGACUCGGUAGCAAAAUACGAAGCGAGGGUGCAAUUGUGCGAUAUAGCAACUAUCCGCGAUUCCUUACGCCUACAUAUCGCCAACAUCAUAUCAAGCCUGGACAAAUACGACAGUGUAUACACCAUAAAUGAUGGGGACCAAGAAGAUCAGGAUAUGACCGUACUUGCAGACCAUAGAGAUCAAGGAGACGAGAGUAUGGCAGCACUCAAAGGCUUGUUUCGCAGUCAGCCAGAUUUUGCGACUGAUGAAGCAAUUUCCUCCUUCAUGGGGUUUGAGAACUCCAGCUCCCCCAAGUCCACCAAAUCGGAAGAUGAGAUUUAUAACCAAUGUAUCGCAUGGGCCCAGGAUUCAUGCAAAGAGGUUACCACAAAAACCAAACACGGAAUAUUUGCGGCCAAGGUUGAGGACCUUUGGGCUCAACUCGCACCAUACGCAGACUUUAACGAACAAGAUUUCCAGGCCAACUCACCAUUGUCAUUCAAUCCCUCGUUGCUGGUGGACAGAAUCGAGAUUAUUGGGGAUUUUCGACUGAAGCUCUCAAUCGGCGAUUGCCCGGGGCUCGGUGAUAUCAACAAAGAUCGUGAAACCAAGGCAAACAGGUACCUACGAGAAUCCCAAGCAGUCGUUGUCGUCGAAGAGAUUAGUCGGGCAGCCGACAGCCAGUUUCUUGCGGAUUUCUUGGAUCAGUGUCAUAAAAGAAGGCCACACCAACUUGUCAUCGUCGCACUGAGUAAAAGCGAAGCAAAUCUUAAUGUCAAGAAUCGCAUGAAUGUGGCCUUCACGGCUCACGAGCGGAGAGCACUCGAUAAUCUGGCCGUCUGGAAACAAGAGAUCAUAAAGGAGAAGAAGGCUCUCGGGUAUGACAAGAACGAUAAACCUGAACUUCUUCUAUCCGUCGAGUCGACAAACAUUCCUGAGCUGGUCAGGAAAUUUGCUGACAAUCCGAAAUACCGACUAGAGACGAGCCUGGUACAGCUUCAAAAGCAGACACUACCAGAUCUUCUCGAUCAUGUCGACUUCUUGUGUAGUAUCACGGAAGCCAAAGCCCAUGAUACCGUCACAUUCGACUUUGACUUGCAUGAGGACCGUUUCCGAAAGCAGCUCUACAGUCUUCUAGAUGACUUCGAGGUGAAACUCAUCAAUCAAAUGGCUAAAGCUAUCAGCGGCUAUAUCCCAACAUGGAAUUUGAAGGCUAGGAACCUAAUUCAAGGGUGGCGGAAGUUGCACGGUACGACUAUGAAGGCAUUUUUGAGGAAAAAAGGAGAGCAUCAGACCAAGAAGUCGAAUGGGCCCAGUUGGAACGCCAGCCUCCUUAGUGGGCCGCAAAAGGACCUCGAUCCAGUCUGGAACAGCAUCGACAAGAAGACCAAAGAUUUUGUGGAACAGCGGAAGAAGCUCGUCGCAGGAGAGAUAGAGUUUCUUAUGAACGGCCUGCGCAAUUCUAUCAAGGGCGACGCCUUCUUGAAGACAGCAACGGCGACUACUUCCGCGGUAGAAUGUCAUCACUUUACAAGGACGUUGUAG